AUGAAGGUCCUCAUUGCACUGGCUGCCUGCUUCGUCGUCUGUUUGGCUGAACCGAUCCCAGCUCCAUUCAAAUGGAAUGAGUCCUUCAGGGUCUUUUACGAUAAGUUGGACGAGCAGCACAAAGGAUUGUUCAAGGCCAUCGCUGACGUUGAGCAGCACCCAUCUCAGGCAGUUGCCUACGCACAUUUGAAGAGUGUCAUGGGUAAACAUUUCAGAUUUGAGGAGGAUAUGAUGAAAGAGGCCCAAUUUGCUGACUUGGCCACACACAAAGGAAUCCACGAAGACUUUGAAGCAACGCUGCGUGCCUCCCAAGUGCCAAUAUCUUCGGAGAAAGUCACCGGCGCCAAGCAGUGGCUGGUCGACCACAUCAAGCUCGUUGACUUCAAGUACAAGGGCAAAUUGCACGGAUAA